AUGCCAUGGCGAAUUUUUGUGAGACGUGCUCUGAACCAGCUAGCUGACAGCCAGAGGCUAGCCGAGACGGCGCCGCUCAGACGAGCGGCCCAGCUCCUUGUCUUCCUGUGGGUGAGGCUGGGAGAGAGCGCCGGGCAGCUGGGAGGACUGCAGGCCCGCCGAAUGGAGGCUAGAGGUCACGGGAGGCUCGUGCGAAUAGCCAGAAACUUUGCAAAGAACCUCAGGGAAGAGGUCAAGAAAAUCGAUGGGAGUGGGCGGGGCUAGAACUUGGGACUUGUGCAAAAAUGUGCAGUGAUUCUUGUAAACAUGCAUGAAUGUUUUGUUGAGUGAGAGGUGGUUUAGUUCAUGACUGUGUUCUCGAGAGGUUCUCUGUGGUUGGUAGCUGAUCCUCUGUCCACAGAGGGUUUGAGGGAGACGUGGCUGUAGUGAUGUGUACUGGCAGGCCCUUCAAAGUCAGCGACGGUGUGUCCCUGGCCUUGCAGCACCCACUGCGACGUCAUUAGACCCUCUUUACCCACGGGACCUCGAGCGUG